AUGGCUCCUGAAGUCCAUCAUCUCUUCCACCAUUCCAUCGCAGAUCACUCAUUCACCCCAGACCGCAACACCGUUGCUGUCACCCGCGACAACAACGUAGAGCUUUACGUAAAAUCCGGAAAGUCUUUCUCGCUCAAAGAUGAGCUCAGGGGUCAUGAUAAGACUGUAACAGGUGUUGAUAUUGCCCCCAACAGUGGCAAGAUCGUUACAUGUGCUCAAGAUAGAAAUGCCUACGUAUGGGAGCCCUCAUCCACUGGCUGGAAGCCCACACUAGUUCUUCUACGUAUUGAUAGGGCUGCGACAUGUGUGCGAUGGUCGCCAUCAGAGACAAAAUUUGCUGUUGGCUCUGGUGCAAGGCUGAUACCCAUCUGUUACUUCGAAGAAGAGAACAAUUGGUGGGUCUCGAAACAUAUCAAGAAGCCGAUUCGCAGUACCGUGACCUCGGUCGAUUGGCACCCUAACUCAGUACUUUUGGCAGCCGGCUCCACAGAUGGACACGCCCGUGUUCUAUCCACCUUUAUCAAAGGUGUGGAUGCGCGUCCCGAACCGAGUGCUUGGGGCGAACGAUUGCCAUUCAAUACAGUCUGUGGAGAGUUCUUAAACAGUACUGCAGGCUGGGUUCAUGACGUUGCAUUCUCGCCUAGUGGUAAUGCCAUGGCGUUCACAUCCCACGACAGCAGUGUCACCGUCGUCUAUCCCAGCGCUCCUGAUCAGCCCCCGAAAGCAGUGGUCAGUGUAGCUACCCAACUCUUACCUCUGACCACACUGUUAUGGACUAGCGAAAGUGAGAUCAUUGCAGCUGGAUACAAUUGUGAAGCUUAUCGCCUGUCCGGGAAUGAGGGUGGUUGGCAACUGGCUGGUUCCCUGGAAGCAAAAGCUGGCCGCGCACAGGAUGAACGGGAGGAGUCAGCUCUCAACAUGUUUCGGCAAAUGGAUCUAAAGGGCAAAACCAAGAACGACACCGUUCUGAAUACCACCCAUCAGAAUACAAUCUCCACGAUCCGAGUUCAUGCUGGUAGCCCCGAAUCUAUCAGUGCAAUCAGUUCUAGCGGCGUGGAUGGGCGGUUGGUGGUGUGGAACUUGUGA